CUUAUCUUGCCAAGCAGGCAUAAAACAAUUAAGUGAUUUAUUAGAACCAAUUAGGGAUAUAGUGAAAUGGCUUAGGAUCGGAAAGAUAAAAAGACGAUAUAAACAAUUAUGUGACCAAUACCAACUUAAAAAAGUGUAUUGGUCAUUAGAUACUCCUACACGUUGGGGCUCAACCAACGAUUUAUUAAGAAAGGCGAUUGCUUAUCGCCCAGUAAUAACACAACUAUAUAGUGAGUGUACAGAUAGUUUCAUAGCUGAUGACACUUGGGAAUUAGCUAUAGGUGUACAUAACAUAUUAGAAGCGUAUGACCACGCGACUAAGAUUUUUUCUUAUGUUUAUGAACCGAACGUUCACUUAGUAAUAAGUGAAUGUAUUACUAUUUUUUAUCAUCUCCUUAAAUAUACACAUGAAGAUACUAACCCAAAAUUGAGGCCGACUCUUGCAGAUAUGAUGGAAAAAUGGCAAGCAUAUUUUACCGAUUUUCCUUAUAUUUAUGGAAUCGCAACCAUUUUGGACCCACGUUUUAAAACUGAGGUCCUUACUAAAGUAAUAGGAUUUUAUUACCAAUCGUUAGAUCGCCCGUCUACUGAUGUACAUAAUUAUGUAGGAACAUGUAAAAAAUAUUUAGCAGAACUCUAUGAUUUUUACGCUAGUGUAUAUAACCCGAAACGCGAUAUGUCUAGGCGUGCUAGCGUUUCGGCACGUCCCUCUUACUAUAAUUCGGUAAUAGCUAACAUAAUGACUCAAGAUGAUAGUUUUGUAGGAUCAUCUUCUUCUUCCUCGACCUCAUAUUUAGAACUAGAUAGUUAUCUUAAACACCACUUUGAAAUAGACCAAAGUAUCUAUAAUAUUUUGGAGUGGUGGAAAGAAAAAUCUGUUAAAUUUCCCAUUUUAUCGAGAAUUGCAAAGGAUAUCCUUGCAAUUCCCGCGUCAACAAUUGCGUCGGAGUCUGCUUUUAGUGCAGGUAGAAGAGUUUUGGACGAAAAGCGAUCUCGUCUUGCUCCACAUAGUAUUCAAAUAUGUGUUUGCAAGAAAGAUUGGGAUCAAGCGGAGAUUCGAACACAAGGACUAAGGAAUGAUGAUGAUCAAGACGACGAUGAUGAUCCAUGGAUGAUGAUGGAUACAUCUGCAUCAUCGUCAGGAGCAGAGUCAGCGGAAGCAUCUAAUCAACCACAUGAUGAUGACGAAGACGAAUAGGAUCAAUCCGACAAGCGACAACGAUAAAUCAACAUUCAACAACUAUAAAUAAAAGUAAAUAUUUCAAUAACGAUGACAACUUGACAUGCAAUGAAUUUCGCUAAUAAUCAAGUAAUCAUCAAAGGUACGUCCGCGAUAUUAUAGUAUUUUUUUAUUAUAUAAAUAUUUAAAGAAAAAAUAAAAAUGGAACCGAUGGUCCGACCCGCCCGUCCCGUGAGUUGGA